AUGUCACAAAGAGAAGAGACACCAUAUUUCAGAGAAUGUUAAAAACUAGGUGGUAUUCAAUAGAAGGAAAUAUAUCUAUCUCCAACUAAGGCAGCAACAUAUUUGUAUCUGCUUAAUCAUUGUGAAAAGGGUGUUGCAAUGCAAUUUGCCAAGAGACGUGUGUGCAAAUGGGAUACAACAAUUGAGUAAGAUGGGCCUGCCACUUGCAGAAUUCUUGUUCCAGUUUAGAAGAGAGAAAAAUGCAUCAAUGGAUGGCAGAAUGUAGGAUGCGAGGUGUUUUAUUAGAAUAAGGAUACGAUUGCAGAUUAAAAACAGUUGAAUUUGGAUGAAGAGAAUGAGGAGAUACAAUAGUAAUUGGAAAAUAAUGAGAAGAUGCUCACCAAUGAUUUUAAGUAUCAGAUGAAGAAUUUGGAUAAAUUCUAUAAAGAACUAAAUCAGAAAUAUAGAUUGAAUGUUUAGGAUCCAGAUUUUAAAGAAAGAGUAUAAAAAACAAAGGAAUAGUUACAAAGUUAAAGAAAUAAACCGUUGCAAUAUUUUAAGAAACAUGGAGUGAAAUUUGUUGAAUUGCUGCAUGAACUCAAUUAGGCCGAUAAACGUCAACAUACAUUAUUAGAUAGAUUCAGGGCAUUUAAUCAAUUAAAAGCCUCAUAAUUUAGAAUCAAAGAGAAAUUACCUGAAAAGUUAUACAACAAAACAACCAAUGAUGAAGAUUCAACUCCUAUGGACAAAAAUAAAAUAUUGAAGCGAUCAUGCAAGCUUUUAGGCUAAACCAACAGAAACGUUACAGAUACAUUGAAGAUGAAAUUUCAAUUAAAAGAUAAAUCUUAUCACAUGUCUAAAUAAUUCGAUAACUACACUCCUACUAUCCUCAAAUUAUAAUCAUAAUCUUCAAUCUCCUUUCAUAAAAAGAACAAAACUGAAAAUGAAGAAUAUCUAGAUCAAUAACUCGAAAAAUUCGCAAACAGGAUGAUACAACCUCAAUCUAAUGUUCAAGAAAUCAAUACUUAAAACAUUAAUAGAUUAAUCGAAAAUAAAUCAAAUUUGAAAUAAUUGUGUCUAAAGAAAAUCAAAUCAAAAACUUAAACUGCACAAUCAGAACAUUUUCGCAAAACAGAAAGACAGGAGUCAGAGUGUAAUCCUAUAUUCACUUCAAGAUCAAGAGAUAAAGAUUCUACUAAAGCAUCUAUUAUUUUCAAGAGAUCUCAACUGCUUACAUCUUUUACAAAUAAAUCAGAUUGUAUUAAAUGA